CACACACCCCUGCCCUGCCUCUCGCCCGCCUCCGCCUCCGCCUCCGCCUUCAGGGAGGCCCGAGCGGGUGCGGGGUGGCUCGGCAGCCGCCGGGCGGGCGGCGAUCCAGGGAGGUGCGGGGCCCGUGCGGGGGCCCGGCGGCGCGGCCGCCAUGGAGGCGCUGCUGCUGGGCGCGGGGUUGCUGCUGGGCGCCUACGUGCUUGUCUAUUACAACCUGGUGAAGGCCCCGCCCUGCGGCGGCAUAGCCAGCCUGCGCGGCCGCACGGCCGUGGUCACCGGCGCCAACAGCGGCAUCGGGAAGAUGACGGCGCUGGAGCUGGCGCGCCGGGGAGCGCGCGUGGUGCUGGCCUGUCGGAGCCGGGAGCGCGGUGAGGCGGCCGCCUUCGACCUCCGCCAGGAGAGUGGGAACAAUGAGGUCAUCUUCAUGGCCUUGGACUUGGCCAGUCUGGCCUCCGUGCGGGCCUUUGCUACUGCCUUCCUGAGCUCUGAGCCACGGCUGGACAUCCUCAUCCACAAUGCCGGGAUCAGUUCCUGUGGCCGGACCCACAAGCCAUUUAACCUGCUGCUACGAGUGAACCACAUUGGCCCCUUCCUGCUGACACACCUGCUGCUGCCCCGGCUGAAGACCUGCGCCCCUAGCCGCGUGGUGGUGGUAUCCUCAGCUGCUCACCGGCGAGGGCGCCUCGACUUCACACGCCUGGACCGCCCAGUGGUGGGCUGGCGGCAGGAGCUACGGGCAUAUGCCGACAGUAAGCUGGCCAACGUGUUGUUUGCCAGGGAGCUCGCCACUCAGCUCGAGGGUACGGGUAUCACCUGCUAUGCAGCCCACCCAGGGCCUGUGAACUCGGAGCUGUUCCUGCGCCACGUUCCUGGAUGGCUGUGCCCACUUUUGCGCCCACUAGCUUGGCUUGUGCUGCGGGCCCCAAGAGGGGGUGCCCAGACACCCCUGUACUGCGCUCUACAGGAGGGCAUUGAGCCCCUCAGUGGGAGAUAUUUUGCCAACUGCCACGUGGAGGAGGUGCCCCCAGCUGCCCGAGACGACCGUGCAGCCCACCGGCUGUGGGAGGCCAGCAAAAGGCUGGCAGGUCUUGGGCCUGGUGAGGAGGCCGAACCUGAUGAAGAUCCCCACCCUGAGGACCCAGGGGCCCCAUCUUCCCCGAGCAGCCCCCACCCUGAGGAGCUCACAGUUUCUGAACCCCACCCCAGCCCGCAGAGUUCACCAGACUUGUCCAAGGUCACACGCCGAAUUCACGUUAAAGCUGAACCUGAGCCCUAAAUCUCUUAAUCCUGGGGUGCUUUCCAUGGCACUCGGUGGCCCUUGAAAACCUUAACUGCAUGCCAGGCCAUGCCCUGGGCGCUGAGGGGUUUGCAAUUUUUACCUCCAUGGUUCCUUUCUGGGGCUUCAAACUGUGUUCUGAACAGCUCUUUUCCUGGUGGGAGGAAAUCGUGGGUGAUGAUUUCUUCCUGAGAAUAACAAUAAUCCCAGAUUGA